AAAAGAAGCAAAAAAACAAAGAAGAAGAAGGAGGAAGCAAGAGAGAGAGACAGAGAUUGAGAGGGCGUGGCUUCCGUUACCGCGGACUGAUUUGCAACGUGUUUGUGUGAGUGCGGGAGUGAGUGAGUGAAUGAGUGUGUGUAUGUGGGCGCAUGCUGGUUGCGCUGCGUUUGGUAUCGACAUGGGGAGGAAUUGACGUCUGUAGCGGUGCAGCUCAGUUUCUCGUGCAACGUGGCGUUCUUGUUGUUGCGUUGCUGCUGAAGUAGGGUGGCCAGGAUUUCGGAUGUGGCGCUUGAAGUUGGCGUUUUCGCAGUUCACUUUCCAUUGGAGUUUGUGCUAGAGGCUGAGCAGACUGCUGAGCAUAUGUGGAAUUAGUGUACAGUUUGAGUUUCAAGUUCGAAAUGACGUAGUGGAGAAGUAAUGGGGCAAAUUCCUGAAUUGAAUGAGAUACAUUUCCAGGACUACUGCAGAGUUUUGCUCUAGGACCUCGUAGUGCGAAAAUGGCCUCAAUAUGUUGGCAAUCGCUUGGCUCUUCUUCAAUGUCAAUAGAAACCACUAGAUCAAUAUGUUUCACAGCUUCGUCAUUGCGAAGAGUGUCAGGACAGUUUUCCGGACGAGGACGCCACUCCUCCACUUUUUCCACUUCACAUAAUUCGAUGAAUAGGUUAAUUGAUAGGCACCCACUUCAGCAAGCUCGAAGCAGUUUUUUCCAAAACAAGGUAGGGAAUCCAAACAAGACAAUUAUAAUCCCUGUUAGGAAAACUACGCUGAUGCCCAUUCAGGUUCAACGUGUGAAUUUUAAGGCGUCCAGGUCGGUGACGAUUCCUUUUAAAGAAGGGGCGUUAUCAGCGAAUGAAUAUCUGAAAGAGACCGAGAGAAUAGUCAAAGUCACAUUCCCUGACUCUACAAGAAUCGAAUACCUGGGGGAUAGAACGUGGCGGUCCCGUUUGCGUCCACUUACAUUCAUAUCAAUCACUGCGACUCCCAGUGUUGAAAUGAGGGUGUCUUUUGAAAAGGGUGCCCUUCGCCUUUAUUCAGACACACUCUUCCUCGACUUCACUGGGGUCCCUGAUGAUUUUGCGGUAGCAGAUUUUUCUUUCGUGUUGGACGGUGGCAUGCGUGCAGUUCCUCGUUCUCCAGAGAUCACUACUAUACGGCAUAACUGUGAUUUCACGGGAUCUGUUAGCUUAGGGCUUUCUACUGAUCUCCCUGCUGCAUUUGCAUUUAUACCUGAGAUCCUUUUAGUGCGGGCAGGGGAUGAAAUUCUUGACCGUAUCAUUGGUGCCAUGGAGGGAGCAUUGCUGCAAGGCAUUAUUAGAGAUUAUAACAUCUGGUCCCGGAUGAAAAGCAGAACGAAGAUUGCUAAAUCUAAGCAAGCUGUUGUGCCCUUAAAGCCCUCCACAAGUUGAUUACCCUUCAAAAACUUUAAAUCCAUGGCACAUGCGCAUUGCAGAGGUUUUGCUGACUCUCAAGACUGCUGUUUAGAGCGUCCAGUGAGCAUCCACAUCCGGGUCUCUUAGAGCCAAGAUUAAUCUUAGCUUAAGAAAUUUGAUUGACCAUUUUUCAGUCCAAGCCCUUGUCUCUGGCCAUAUAACCAUUUGGCUUGUAACCCUGAUUAUAUAAUGAAUUCUAUAGAAAAUCCAGUUAGUUUUUUGGGAGGAGAUGUACAAAUAGAGGGUUGGUGGUAAUAUACCCAGAAACACAGAAGUGUGUCAAGUGUAGCACUACAACGUAGGAAAAGACGUCUUUCUUUUCUUUUUUAUAUAUAAAUUUAUUUUUGUGUUAUAUUCGUAA